AUGGGUAAACUUGUUUUCGACACCACACCUGGAGUGGAAACGAAUGAGCUGGAUGAGGCAUAUACAACGUUUGCUGAAGAGUACGACAAGUAUCAUGGUGGAUCCUCUGUUCCUCAAACCACUAUUGCUAAGAAGGAGUGCAUGGGCCUUAUUUCACCAAAGCCAGGUGUAAAGUUCCUCGAUAUGACUGUUGGAACUGGCAAUGCGACCAUGUACUUCUUCGAAUACCAAGAUAGAAUCAACCGCAACACGGUAUCAACCGCGACACUCGUUGACCUGAAUACCAAUAUGCUAAGUAUUGCCAAGAAGCGACUCGGAGAUACCAAGUGGGCGAAAGAUGGCCGCAUCGAAUUUAUCAAGGGAAAUGCCGAGCACAUGCCUGAGAUCUCCGACAACUCAUUCGACAUCUACUGCUGCUAUCUUGGAAUGCACAAUAUGCCUAACCGCAACAAAGUACUGAGAGAGGCGAUGCGCGUGCUCAAGCCUGGAGGGAAGAUUUAUGUCGUAGAGUUUGAUACGGGGACUUGGCGCAUCGGAAAGGCUAUUAGAGGACUCCUCUUUCAGUUCCUCGAACUUAUUGCAGGAGGGAGUGUACAGAACAGGACUAUGACAUUGCGUAUUCACCAUAGCGGUCGAGCAUUUCCGUCGCCACCGGCCUUUGUGCAAGAGAUGAAGGACGCAGGAUUUGCAAUGGAAAAUAACGGAUAUCGCGGCAUAAUGUACACCUUGGGUGCUCUCUUCAUUGGAACCAAGCCAACUGAGUAA